AUGUCGGGGCCUUCGAAUCCCCCAUCCGGUGCCUCCACGCCACGAGCCUUCACCAGCACCGGCUCAACAGCAGAGGACUUACUCAAGUCGCAAACGGUGGGCCUCGUCAACCUCGCAGACUUCCGGAAACGUCGCGCCGAUGUUCUCGAGCAGAAGGAGAAAGAAGCGCGGAGCCCUCGCGAUGCGGAUGAUAGUGACGGUGCGGUGACACGACGAGCGGACCGACCUCCCCAGAAGAAGAAAAAGAAGGCUGCGAAGGGUCUUUUGUCUUUCGGCGAUGACGAGGAUAUUGGAGAUAGUGGUAUAUCUACGCCUACAGCACGAAGUUCGCAGCCAUCAGUUGAGCCGUCGCCUGAGCCGUCAGGCAUUGCCACGAAAUUGACGCCGAAUCCCAAGUCGGGUUUACCUCCGCCGCGAGCAGUCACGAAGGCUGCACUCGCUGCUGAAGCGCUGGAACGGGAGCGCCUGAGAAAAGAAUUCCUCGAGAUGCAGGAGGCUGUGAAAGAGAGCGAGAUCGCGGUGCCGUUUGUGUUCUAUGACGGCGCGAAUAUACCGGGCGGCACUGUAAGGGUGAAGAAGGGAGAUCACAUUUGGCUCUUUCUGGAGCGCUGUCGCAAGGUUGGCGCGGAGCUGGGAGUGAGUGGGAGUGCGAAUGGGAGUGGUGCGACGUUGAAGACUAUCGAGAGCAGUAAGAAGCAGUGGGCACGGGUGGGUGUGGAUGAUCUGAUGUGCGUGCGUGGGGAGGUCAUUGUGCCGAAUCAUUACGAGUUCUAUUACUUUAUCGCGAACAAGAUUCCCGACCCAUCCAGAGAGGGAAGGUUGCUGUUUGAGUAUGAGGGAACAGCCCCGAAAAAGACAGAUGGUGAAGAGCCAUCGUUGAUUCGCGUGCCGGGUAGGGAGGAGUUAGAAGGGCAGAAUGACGAUCCGACAAUGACGAAAGUAGUUGAUCGGCGGUGGUAUGAGAAGAACAAGCACAUCUAUCCUGCGAGUGUGUGGAAGGAGUUCAAAGUUGGUAAAGAGUUUGAAGAGAUGGCGAAGGGCAGGAAAGAUGCACAGGGAAAUGCCUUUUUCUUUGGCUAA